AUGGCAUCGCAAAACAAAGGCUCUGGCUCUCCGGAGGCCUUGGCUACCGUAGUCGAAUGGUGCUAUCUGCCUGCAAGGGACGCCAACCGACUGGUCACGACUGACAACUGUGCCGACAUCUACCGGGUCGCCCGUGCACUGGAAAUACCCGAGCUGAUGGAGCAGUGUCGGCGGCUGCUGGACCGCGAGGAGCCGGAGCCCGUGACCCGGGGCGGCGUCGUGACCUUUGAGUCGACUGAGGUCGAGGAGCGCAGCUGGCGACCGACCCCGUCUCGAACGGCGGCCGGCGAACACGGCAGCGCCUUCCAGCUGAGGGUGGACGCGGUGGGAGAGGAGGAGGAAGAGGAUGACAGCCCGACGCCGCGACAGCGUCCCAGACGAUCCUCGUCGUUCGGCAGCUCGUCGCCCAAGCGGUCCUACAGCCGCCUGUACACCCGCGAGGAGCACGAGGCCGCAGUCGUCAUUCAGUCGGGCUAUAGAGGUUUCCGGGCGCGUCAGCAGCUCAAAGAGCAGGGUAUCGAGCUGGGAGGAUCCGGCUCCAGACGCCGGUCGGCGACAGGCGCCUCCUACUCCCGACGCGUCUCCUCGACUCGCACCUCCCAGUCACGGCAGAUCUCCUCACCGCGGAUCGCCCAGUCACGGCCGGCGGCCCCCUCUCAGUCCUACCAGUCGGGGAAAAUAGCCUCGUCUCAGUCGACCUACUCACAGAACGUGUCCUCGUCGACACCCCGUCUGUCCAGCUCGCGCUCGGAAGGCACCACGGGUCAGAGAUCACGCUCCGAGCUGCAGAAGCAGACAUCGGGCGGUUCUGCCAGAGGGGGCGGCGACGCGGCGAUACGGCAGCCGCAGAGGAAACCCAGCGAAGCGGCGUCCGACGGGUUCCACACCGUGUACGAACACCGGUCGACGGGAGCGGUGCGGCCGAGCACACCCGAGUCGCGCCGAGACAACCGGCCGUCCCAGACGGUCACCACACGCACCUCCCGGCGAGACAACGCGGCGAGGUCGCCGGCCAGGUCACGGUCACGCUCCGGGUCACGGUCGCGGGUGUCGUUCCGCGGCGACCGGACGGCCUCGGGCACAGAAGAGUACGCGGCUGUGGUGAUCCAGCGUAACUUCCGGGCCUACUCGGCGCGCGUCCACUACGAGGAGAAGCGGUAUGCAGCGGCCACCAUCCAGCGCUUCAUGCGAGGACACCUGGCCAGAAAACAGGUGCGCGAGAUGCACGAAGCCGCCGCCAAGAUACAGAACUGCUUCCGGGAGCACCUGCACGACAAACGCGGCCGAAUGGACCCGGAGGUCAGCGGACCGGUCAGCCGCGUCGUCUCCUCCUCUUCCGACUGGAAGUGCCGCUCCCUGCUCCACCCCGAGGGUAGCACGGUGCUCGUCAUGGCCGGUCUCAACCCCAUGCAGGACUACUGCGCAAAGUACAACUCCGGACGGGACAUGUACCGGUACCAGGCCUUCCAGAACGCCUGGGAGUACGUGGGCCAGGUACCGGAGCCGCGCCACCACGCCUCUGUGGCGCACCUGCGGGGGCUGGUGUAUCUUCUGGGAGGCACGGACCCCAGCUACCGGGACGGCAGUACGCGCUGCCGGCCCCUGAACACGGUCUGGGUGCUGGACCCGAGCACCGGCGACUGGUGGCAGGGGCCGCCCAUGAGACACGCGCGCAUUCACCACGGCACCGCCGUCGCCCAGGGCCAGCUGUACGUGAUCGGCGGCCAGGACGGGGACGGGUGUGCGCUGACCAGUGUGGAGCUGUUCGACCCCGACCGGAACUCGUGGUGCGAGCUGGAGCCGCUGGCCUGUGCCCGGAUCGGAGUGGCCGCCGCCGUUCACCACCAUCGCAUCUGGGUGGUCGGCGGCAUGUGUCCCGUCAAAAAACAGGACGUUGUCAACACCGUGGAUAUCUACGACACCAUCAGAAAACGGUGGUGUCAGGGUCCGUCGCUGCGGCAGCCCCGCUGUUUCGCCCGUCUGGUGGUGUGCGCUCACCGGCUGUUUCUGAUUGGCGGAGCCGGCCGCAGCACGCGCCAUCAGAAGGCCAUCAGUAGUGUGGACACCGUGGACAGGUUUUCAGAGGAACAGCGCGCCUGGGUGCAUGUGGCUCAGAUGAAAACAUCUCGCCAUGGCCACGCCGUGGUGCCGCAGAGUGAGCUGGAGUUUCUGAUUCUGGGCGGCGUGAGCUCCCAGGACGCGGCCGCGCUCAGCCUGGUGGAGCAGUAUAACGCUCGCUCCAACCAGUGGGUGCGCGGCGUCGCCCGACUGCCCAGCCCGCUGUCGGGACUGGCUGCCGUCACCAUCCCGCCGUCCCGGCGCAAGUCGUGACGUCAUUGGCGACAGGUGACGUCAGAGUCACGGGUGACGGGUGAUGUUGACAGUUGACUGCAGACCGUCAGGUGACGUAGGAGAGGUAACGUCAGACCAUCAUUCACAGCAGACCGACAGAUGGUGUCAGAAGAGUCACUUGGCCAGCGCGACGGUGGUCGAGGGCUGAAGCCUGGUGGACAACCGCGAGGCCACUGUUCAGAGCGAGCUGUAGUGUUGACUUGAUAUUGAGUGUCCCAAUAAUGCAUGAUAUGCACAUGUUCGGGCAUCCUAUGCCCGUAUUUAUGACAAUAUCGGAUGCUUCCCUGUACUUUGAGCCUAAUGCAGCCUGUCAGCAAACAAACGACGAGCGCAAAAUACAAUUUCGUAAAAAACGU